AUGUUGGUAAAAUAUUUUAUACUAAUUUUAUUCGCCGUUCCAACAGUACCAAAUCAGGUACAUAUACUGUCCAAUAACCAGCACGAAUUGCACAAGCAGUUUUAUAAGUUUUUCGACAAACUAGCGAGAUGCAAACAAACCCCCACAACUUGCUAUUUCGAUAAAAACUAUCCAGAUGGAAUUAGAGAUGUUAUCGACAGGAUUAUCUCUCAAAAUACUUGCGUGCCGUUUCUUAGGGAUCGAUUCAACGGUUCGUUCAAAGUCCUCAAAAUGUACAUCUUUGGUAAUAAAACGGACGAAAUAUAUCGACUAGCAGAUGAGAUUUCGGUCAAUCCUCACUAUAACAGUGAAGUCGAAAUCGCCUUCUUUAUCACCGAAAGAGUCGAGAAUAAACGAUUUUUGGAAACCCUGCUACCGUACAUAUGGUCGAAAAAUAUAUCGAAAUUUAUUGUAGUCUUCGUGCAGGUGCAAUUGGAGGUUUACACGUACUAUCCUUUUGAUAAAAGGAAAUUCUACAGAAUUGAACAGUUCGGAAAAUCCUGCCAGAAACUCUUCGAGGAUAAAACAAAGAACCUCAAUGGAGCUCCUUUCAGGGCAUUCGUGUUUGAGAGGAGACCCAUGACAAUUUUUACCAAUGGAAAAUGGUCAGGGUUUGAUAUAAAAAAUCUGGAGCACAUUGCAGCGGUUAUAAACGCCCGUUAUACCACCAUAGGAACUAAAUCGAGCACUAUACACGAGGGUUUCGAUAAUUUGACUGCGAAUUUAGCCGAUGUUAUCAUGGUGCGAAUAUUCAAGGCACAUUAUUCUAGUAAUACUACAUCGUCUUACCCGUUCAGUUUGGACUACAAAUCCGUGAUUGUUCCGCUACCGAAGAAAGUUGUACAUUCUUUGAACUUUUUCGACCAUUUUAUUAUCUUCUAUGCAACCUUAGCGUUACUGGCUACACUUUUGCUGCUUUUUAGUUUCAACAAUAACGUCCAAGUAGAGUUUUCGCUGUAUGUUCUGGUUUUGUGGGGCAUUGUUUACUCCAAACCCGUGGCGAAUUUGAAAAUAUUCCAAACGAAAUUUAGGAUUCUCAUUGUGAUAUUGUUUUUUAGUUUCACGAUAAUUUCGUGUAAUUUAGGGACAUCCUUGUUAAGUCAUUUUCUUAUUACCAGAUACGAAAAACCGAUUAGUACGUUGGAAGAAUUGAAAACCAGCAACAUUGUUUUGUAUGUAUCCCAAGAUUUAGUUAAAACUUCUUUCAUUAAGUCAUCGGGUUUGUGGGAUAAAUUUGUGCCAAUGUCCCCUCUAAAUAUAGAAAAUAUUUUAGAGCGAUCUUCUCCUAAUUAUGCUUACGUCUUAAGAAAAGAUGCGGUUAGUUAUUACUGCAACAAGUUAAGGGACGAGUAUGGGAAUCCCUUGUAUACGGCUAUCAAAGAGCCCUUACUAUCGAGCGUAGGGGUGUACUAUCUGCAGAAAAACUCCCCGUUUCGUUCGCAAUUCAGCAAGGCCCUUCUAGCAAUCGAGCAAUUCGGAUUUACUGAAAGUACAGCAAACCCGUUCAAAUUUAAAGUCACAACAUCCGAGGAAGCUUUGAAAUUGCGCCAUUUUCGGCUCCCUUUCUAUUCGCUUUUCAUGGGAGAAAUGUUGGCUUUUUUGGUGUUUAUAAUCGAAGUGCUUUACAAGAAAUCCACCAAUUAUUCGUUAUAA